UAUAUAGCGGUGCACAGAGGCCAGCAGGGAUAGAUAGUAUUCACAAUCUGUAGCGAGAAGGUCGAUAACGCAAACCGUCUGUCUGUAAACAGCGAAGGAGUCGUUGAAAAUGCAACACUGCGAGUGGAAUAGAAGUCUCAAUGUUUUUCCUCCGUACAAUUCAUCGUCGUUCUACAUUGAUGACAUUCUGAGCACGGGAUCGCAGCGACCUCAAGCGUCUAUCUGCACUUCAACAAUGUGCGAGGUACCAAAACCACCCUGUCUCACCCCAGCGUUUCAUCUGGCUCCGCCGCGAACUUACACCAACUUGAGCAGUCCAUUCACGCCUUACCAUUCCCCGAGGAGUUUCGGUUUCCACGCGCCGACAAUACCCAGUGUCUACGAAGCGUACAACGAUCACAGUGCCUGGAAUCUGUUUCUACCGAAGCCGCAGAAAAAGAAGGGUGGCCAGGUUCGUUUCUCCAACGAGCAAACCAUGGAACUGGAGAAGAUUUUCGAGAAUCAAAAGUACCUCUCGCCACCUGAGCGCAAACAGUUGUCUAAGGUCCUAGGGUUAACAGAGCGUCAAGUAAAAACAUGGUUCCAAAACCGCAGAGCAAAAUGGAGGCGCUUUAAGCAGGAAUCACAGGGCGAGAAAUCGGAAAGAUUAGAAGCUGAAGAAACAAAGGCCAUAGAGAAGACUUCUUCGUAAGUUUUGGGUGCUAUUUGGGACUCGUACACACAUUAACACAUUCAAUUCAGGAUAGACAGUCCCCGUCUUCAAAGAUGUCUGACGCAAAGUUCGAUUUCUUUCGAACAAUUAGCUAAACUAAAUGUUUUGGAACAGAAACUUAAAAGAAGGUUGAAAACGCUGGUUUUACAGCGUUCUAAGAUCAAACACUUUGUACCGUAAGCAACUGAACCGUUGAGGAUUCAAGGUGACUCGCGCUGGACGUUGAGUGUGAGUUUACGUAAUGGCAGAGUAAAAGACAAUCACCAUGCAAAAUUUGGUUCGCGUUUAUUUGGUCAACGCUCUCUACCUAUUGGACUGUUCCUCCUUUCGUUACAAAAAUAUUUGAUUUGAGUUAGAGAAGAAAUUAUAUGUAAAGCAGUAGUGAGGCAAAGAAUUGAUUCUAAAGUCGGUUUGGUAAAUGUAAUCAGUAACAAAAGUAUUUUAAACUAGUUCCCUGAAUGAUAGCAAAUAACACGUUAAAGAAGAAUCAUCUGCCGAGCUUUUGCCAAGUAAUCCACGAGCGAUAGGAAAUUGCCAUACGCAAAACACGUUUUGUAUAUAAAAAGAAAGUUCUCGCAAAUUCGGAGGUUUUUUUUUUUAGUAGUUUCUUUUGAAUCCGGUAGCUUUUUCAAUAGAAGAAAUAGAGUGUAAAAAGAGGUAAACAAUGAAUUGAAUAGCAUGUAAUAGAUUUGAUUUGCAAUUAGUCAGUUUUACUAAGAAUAAACUCACUGAAACGACAA